CACAACCCAAGACGCGACUAGUGACAAGUCCAGAAUCUGACAUAGUUUUGCUCUCGUGAUUCGCACAGAUUUUUCUUAAAUAACAAGAUGAAACCCAAAGUAGAUUUAUUAGUUGAAUCCGCGUGGAAUCAGUUGCAACAAUACUUCGAUAGCAAUGGUUCAAAAAUUAACAUAUAUGAUAUGUUCCAGCGAGAUAACAAACGUUUCGAAAAAUUUAGCUUGGAGCUCUCUACUCCACAAGAUGGUCCAAUUUUGUUGGACUACUCCAAAAAUAGGAUUAACGAAGAAGUACUUGGACUUUUAUUGAAUUUGGCUCGUGUACGGGAGAUAGAAGCUGCAAGAAAUGCUAUGUUCAGUGGCGAAAAAAUCAAUUUCACAGAAAAUAGAGCAGUUUUGCAUAUUGCUCUGCGCAAUAGAGAGAAUAUUCCGAUAUUGGUAGAUGGAAAAGAUGUGAUGCCAGAUGUUAAUACGGUAUUGGAACAUAUGAAAAGUUUCACAAACGAGGUAUUGACGAAACAAUGGAAAGGUUUUACCGGUAAACCUAUCGAAGAUGUCGUUAAUAUUGGAAUCGGUGGCUCUGAUUUGGGGCCACUUAUGGUAACUGAAGCUUUAAAAGCUUAUAGCGUUGGACCUAGAGUUCACUUUGUCAGCAACAUUGAUGGCACUCAUAUAGCUGAGACUCUCAAGAAAUUAAAUCCAGAGACAACUUUGUUCAUAAUAGCUUCUAAGACGUUCACUACACAGGAAACUAUAACUAACGCAACUUCUGCGAAACUGUGGUUUUUGGAAGCAUUGAAAGAUGAAACUGCAGUGGCUCGUCAUUUCGUCGCAUUAUCCACUAAUUCGCAAAAAGUUAAGGAAUUUGGCAUCGAUGAAAAAAACAUGUUUGGCUUCUGGGAUUGGGUUGGCGGACGCUAUUCGUUAUGGUCAGCUAUCGGUUUAUCGAUUUGCUUAUCAAUUGGUUUCGAUAAUUUUGAGAAGCUUUUAGAUGGUGCUCACUUUAUGGAUCAACAUUUCUGCACGGCACCACUGGAAAAAAAUAUACCUGUCAUAUUAGCUUUGCUCGGUAUAUGGUAUCACAAUUUUUACAAAGCUGAAACGCAUGCAUUAUUACCAUAUGACCAGUAUUUACAUAGGUUUGCCGCUUAUUUUCAACAAGGCGAUAUGGAGAGUAACGGGAAAUAUAUAACACGCGCCGGGAAGGUUGUAAAUUAUUCUACUGGUCCAAUCGUAUGGGGUGAACCAGGUACUAACGGUCAACACGCGUUUUAUCAACUGUUGCAUCAAGGUACUAGGCUUGUACCAGCAGAUUUCAUAAUUCCUGUUCAGUCUCAAAACCAAGUACAAGGUACAUUACAUCACAAGAUUUUACUCGCGAAUUUUUUCGCACAAACCGAGGCUUUAAUGAAAGGCAAAAAUGAGAAGGAAGCUCGAGCAGAAUUGGAAAAAUCGGGAUUGAGUGCGGAGCAGGUGAAUUUAUUAUUGCCGCAUAAGAUAUUCGAGGGAAACAGACCAACAAAUAGCAUUAUGGUGAAGAAAUUAACACCUUUUAUUCUCGGUUCUUUGAUCGCAAUGUAUGAACACAAGAUCUUUGUACAGGGUAUGAUUUGGGAUAUUAAUUCGUAUGAUCAAUGGGGCGUGGAGUUGGGGAAACAAUUAGCCAAAACUAUCGAACCAGAGUUGGAGAACACGAAAACUAUAACAACUCAUGAUUCAUCGACGAAUGGCCUAAUUGCCUUUGCUAAAUGCCAUAAAGCCUAAGGGCUUAUUUAAUAAUAUAUUCUGAAAAUGUUAAGAAAAAGUACAACUGACCAUAAAUAUCUCGGUUGCAAGUUAUAUUAUCAUAUCAGAAUUUCUGUACGUACUUUAUAUAGGUGAUAGAAAAAAAAAGAAAUUAUAUAGAUCA